GAUUCGACUCAUAAGAACAUCCUCCUCCAACUUUCUCAGAUAAGCAACAAUGGUGAAAGGUCCUGGUCUCUACACCGAAAUCGGCAAAAAAGCCAGAGAUCUUCUGUACAAGGACCACAACAGUGACCAGAAAUUCAGUAUCACCACUUUUUCUCCUGCCGGUGUUGCCAUCACCUCAACCGGAACUAAGAAAGGUGACUUAUUGUUGGGAGAUGUAGCUUUCCAAUCGAGGCAAAAGAACAUUACUACUGAUUUGAAAGUUUGCACUGACUCUACUGUUCUGAUCACUGCUACGGUUGAUGAGGCUGCACCCGGACUGAAGUCAAUCUUCAGCUUCAAGGUUCCUGACCAAAAUUCUGGCAAGAUUGAACUUCAAUACUUGCAUGACUAUGCCGGUAUCAGCACGAGCAUGGGAUUGACUCAGAACCCAACUGUCAACUUCUCCGGUGUGAUUGGCACCAAUGUCUUGGCUGUUGGUACUGAUGUUUCAUUCGACACCAAGUCUGGAAAUUUCACCAAGAUCAAUGCUGGUUUAAGCUUCACCAAGGAUGACUUAAUUGCCUCCCUUACUGUGAAUGAGAAGGGCGAUCUAUUGAAUGCAUCUUACUAUCAGAUUGUGAACCCUCUGUUCAACACUGCGGUUGGAGCUGAAGUGAGCCACAAGUUCUCUAGCAAGGACAACACCAUAACUGUUGGAACACAGCACUCGCUUGACCCCUUGACCUCUGUGAAGGCUCGUGUCAAUAGUGCGGGUAUUGCAAGUGCGCUCAUUCAACACGAGUGGAAGCCCAAGUCGUUCUUCACAAUCUCUGGAGAAGUCGACACAAAGUCCAUUGACAAGAGUGCUAAAGUUGGAUUGGCUCUCGCACUGAAGCCUUGAAACUGAGAUGAAAGAAGAAGUUGCCAUAGCUUUUUAACUAGUUUCUUUCUACGUACUCUGUUUUUCUCUGCUUGGUUCAUGGUUUUAAGGGGGGUACUAGUACUGAUCUUUCCCAUUUCUUUGUCGGAUUUGUAGAAGAAUAAAAAGGUUGAAAACGGAUCAUCUUGAGAUGGUGAUGAAACUCUAAGAUCCAAUUCUAGCUUCCCUUUUUUUAUUUGCCAUGUCAUAACAAAAAUUGAAUAUUCAG